AAAGCAUGUUUUGUAUAGAGAUGGUAGGUUGGCACAAUCAGAUGUUGUUCACCUACCCAAUAUGGCACGGCAAUGGCGAGCACCAAACUUGAACCCAAGAGGGUCACGCACUUCGAAAUCCUGCCGUUGGCCUACCAACUAUUGGCGGUUCAUGGCCGUCAUAGGCCGCACUCCAGAGGCCGGUUAAACCUCUCAAGGUGAUUUCAUUACAUUCCCGGCACCGUUAUACAACUGUCAAACCAGCACUGAAAAUUUCAACUGACAAAGGAUACAUUUCUCGAACCGUUUCUCAUACAAGUUAAUCGUGCUUCGAGCACUUCAGGGUGCUUCAGAAGAACAUGAGAUUCAAUCAGAUCUCUCAAAGUUGACAACAUCAUGGCGUGGCCUGAAAUCGAGCCCAGCACGUCGCAUUUGGCCUACCUGGUUCUCUCGCUGUUCCUCAUCUUGUAUGCAUUGUUCUCGGAUUUGAUUCGCAACCGAGCACAUUUCUCAGAGCCUCCUCUUGCGACUCUGGUUGGCAUGCUGUUUGGCCCUCGAGGAGUCAGGGUUGUCGAUCCAAGCGAAACAUGGGGUUGGGAAGACAACAUUACCCAGGAACUCACCCGCAUUAUUACCGGCGUCCAGUGCUUCGCAGUCGGCAUUGAGCUUCCUGCUCGGUAUGUGAAGCGUCAUUGGCGCAGCAUCAGUCUCCUCUUGGGUCCCAACAUGAUAGCGGGCUGGAUGAUCUCGGCGCUUGCAGUGCGCUUCAUCCUCAACACAGCGUGGACCACAGCCUUCAUUGUCGCUGCUUGCUUGACUCCAACAGACCCAGUCCUUUCCGCCAGCGUAAUCGCCGAAGCAAAGUUCUCUCAGAGGAUACCCCAACGAAUCCGCCACCUACUCGCAGCAGAGUCUGGCUGCAACGAUGGCACAGCAUUUCCCUUCCUCUACGCUGCCUUGUAUGCUGCCAUGGCGUCUUCUGCGGCACAAGGAGUUCGCCAUUGGGUGACAGAUCUACUGUUGUGGCAGUGCGUGGUCGGCAUUGUCAUCGGUGUGGCUAUCGGGUAUGUUGCAAACAGGCUGCUACGUUUCAGCGAGUCCCGCGGCUAUGUCCAGGAAUCGACGUUGUUCGUCUUCUACUUUCUGCUGGCCAUAUUCUGCGUCGGCGUGGGAAGUACACUAGGGCUGGACGAUUUUCUAGUCUGCUUCACCGCUGGCGCGACAUUCUGUUGGGAUGGCUGGUUCUCAACAAGAACAGCAAAAAUGAAACUUCCAAGCAUUCUGGAUCUGAUGCUCAACUCCACCAUGUUUGUCUACUUUGGCUCUAUCAUACCCUGGCGAAUGUACAAGGACAACCUAUCUCCAGGCCGGCUGAUCCUGUGUGUGCUGGUCAUUCUUCUACUCAGGCGGCUGCCAGCAAUCGUGAUACUCAAGAGACUGAUACCCGACAUAAGAACGUACCAUGAGGCUCUCUUUGUUGGGCAUUUUGGGCCUAUGGGUGUCGGGGCUCUCUUUCUCGCCAUCGAAGCAAGGGCCAGACUCGAGACGGGGAGCUCAGAACCACUUCUUCAUCCUCCCAAAGAGUCGCCUCAUAAAGAAGCCCUUGAAACAGUAUGGCCCGUGGUCUGUUUUGUGGUCCUCUGUUCGAUUAUGGUGCAUGGCUUCUCACCCUUGGUCAUGAGUAUGGUCAGCCACUUUUCACGGGAGCCAAAGGAAAGGGCGCCGCUACUGGCUGGAGAAGAAGAUAGACUGUACGGAAUGGCGUCGCACGAGGACGAGAUUCCUGACGACGAGGAAGAACGGCAAGAGCAAGAGGAGAACUCGCCUGAAGAAAUGUAGAUAUUCCAGGGUCAGCAAGGCCAAUCGUAAAGGUUUCCGCCCGUCCAAACGCUGUUAUUAGUUGCUUCUUCAUGAACAGGGGGAUCUUCCAGUACUUUCGUAGAUCGUGUGCCUCGUCCUCGGCAUGUUGGGCGGAAGGUGUCCGCCCCGCCGGGCGAAGAUGUAUUCCCGACGGACAUGUACGAUUGAUAUCUCUUUCUCCUCUUUACUAUUC